AUGGCUGGCAAGAAAUUUCAAUCUGAAGCCUUUUUCUUGUUCUUAUUUCUUCUCCCAUAUAUCGCAGUAUUUUGUAAUUCACUCCCUCUUUCGACAAGUUCAAGAUGGAUUGUGGAUCAAGCAACUGGAAAAAGAGUAAAAUUAGCCUGUGUGAACUGGGUUUCCCAUCUGCAGCCUAUGAUUGCAGAAGGGCUUGACAAAAAACCCUUGAAAUAUAUUGCUGGGAAGGUGAGUUCAAUGGGGUUUAAUUGUGUGCGUUUCACAUGGGCUACUUAUAUGUUCACAAGGGCAAAUUAUAGUAAGAUCACAGUUUCGCAAUCACUUGAUAAUUUUGGGUUGAAAGAUGCAAAGGCUGGGAUUGCAAGGAAUAAUCCUCAGGUGUUGUGUUUGAGUGUAGUGGAUCUGCAUAAGGCUGUGGUUAAUGAGCUUGGGAAGAAUAAUAUAAUGGUGGUGCUGGAUAACCAUGUUAGCCAGCCAAAGUGGUGCUGUUCUGAUAAUGAUGGCAAUGGGUUCUUUGGAGAUGUUAACUUUGAUCCCAAGGAAUGGUUACAAGGGUUGAGUAUAGUAGCAAGAACCUACAAGGAUAAUCCCACGGUCGUAGCUAUGAGCAUGAGAAAUGAGCUUCGAGGUGCACUUCAGAGUAAGGACGAUUGGCGAUUGUACAUGGAAGAGGGUGCCACUACUAUUCAUAGAGAAAACCCAAAUGUUCUCAUCAUUGUCUCAGGGUUAAACUUCGAUACAAACCUUGAAUUUCUCAAGACAAAGCCAUUUCGAGUUAAUUUUAAUGACAAGUUGGUUUUCGAAGCACAUUGGUACGCAUUUUCCAUCCCGAGAGAAAAAUGGAUAGCUCAGAGUAACAAUAUAUGUGCAUAUAUUACUCGAAAUGCUAAAAAUAAUUAUCUUUUUCUAAUUAGAGGCAACAAUCCAUUUCCACUUUUUUUGAGUGAAUUUGGCAUUGAUCAAAGGGGUGUCAAUGAGGCAGACAAUAGAUAUAUAAGUUGCUUGUUGGCAACUGCAGCAGAAUAUGAUAUUGACUGGGCAUUAUGGGCUUUACAAGGUAGCUACAUUUUAAGAGAGGGCAAGGCUAACCAUGAUGAAGUUUAUGGGUUACUUGAUAUUAAUUGGGACGAUGCAAACAAUUCAUCUUUUCUAGAGAAGCUGCAACUGAUAAAACAGAUCAAUCAAGAUGUAGUGCCAAAUCAUCCAACCUACUAUUUACUGUACCAUCCACUGAGUGGCCAGUGUGUGAAGUUCUGCAAAACUGUUUAUCUAACCAACUGCAAGACUGCGAGCCGAUUUGAUCAACAUCAAGAUGGUGGACCGAUCAAACUGGCCGGGCCAUCCCAGUGUCUCGGGGUUGUGGGCGAAGGUGUUGGUGCCAGGGCCUCAAAUGAUUGUUCGAGCAAGUGGAGGUCCGUUUCAAGCUCCAAGCUUCAUUUGGCUGCACCAAGUGGGCCGGGCAAAUUCCUGUGCUUGGAAAAGAAUGAUGCUGAUUCCACUAUUGUGACUAAGAAAUGUUUGUGUAUGGGGGACAAUCUUCAAAAUGCUCCUAGUUGUCCUCAAAAUCCAGAAAUUCAAUGGUUUAAACUUGUUCCUGUAAAUGUCUAG